GUGAAUUUGAGUGUAAUAAGAAGAAGAUUCAAUACAAUGUGAUUUAGAAACCGCAUUUGUUUAGUUUUUAAUUUAUUAAUAUUAAAUUGAAUGAAGAUGGUGUCAAAGAAACUGGAAUAUGAUUCCUCUCUGGGAGGGCCAGUGGUACUGGGUACACAUAUGCCCACCUAUAAAUACGCUGCUGCAGCUUUGAAAGAAGUGAAGGAGCUGGUCAGUGCCAACAAGCAAAGUAAUUCAAAUAAAUUAGUAUUCCAAACAUUGCCCAAACAUAUGCGACGGCGGGCCAUGUCUCAUCACCCUAAAAGAUUGCCUCGCAAGUACAGAGCUGCUCAUAUCCACCAAAUGUCCAAAUCCGGAAAACCGCAAGCCACCAAGAGACCUUCCAGAAAGCACCGAAGAAGGCCACAAAAUUUGCUAAAAGACUACUUAAGAAGACAGAGAAAGCACAAGUGGUUGGAAACGCAUAUUUGGCAUGCUAAACGCUUUCACAUGAUAGAGAAAUGGGGCUACAAACUUCCCUAUGCCAGUUGCGAUAAAACAUUCAGGUCUUGCUAUAGAGCUACCGCUGAACACUGCCUCCUACAGGAUAUUUCAUUCUAUGCUUGUGUGGAGAUGCAAGGAAGUGUGGAGGAGUUGUCUCAAGGUUUCGAAAAAUUAACGAGCAAAGAAUGUGGAUUGUCAUUAACGGCUAAAACUUAUCUAAAUGGUCGUCGAGAAGGCUGUGUAGAUUUAUUCAAAGCAGGUGGAUAUCCCUACAAUGCUUUGGGCAAAGCAACUUUUUUGUGGCGUUUUGAGACCAAAAAUGAGGAAAAUGAUAAAAGAACCUUAUGGCUGUGGCUUCAUCCAGGAGCUUACAAUGUAAUUUUAGAGGAAAUUAUUAAAGUGUUUGAUUUAAAAUCUGUGAAGACUUGCAAGUUGCCUUUAGAAACUCAUGAUGAACAGGAAUCUUCAAUAGCAGAGCAGGAUUUAGAUAAUCAGCUUGAAAAUAUUGAUAAAAAUAAAAAGAAGGUUUCUGUAAAAAAACAAAGACGUUUACAAUUUAUGACAAAAACUACAGCUCGUGGAAAUAUACAUCAGUAUAAGAAUACAACUGCAACUGUAGUACUUAAGGAGCUCAAAAAUACUUUAAAUAGAUUUAGGCUAACAGGCCCAUUAGCGCAAAGUAUACUAAAUAGCGCCUUCAAAUUGAAGUCUUCUAACAAUGAAUUGGUGCAACAAAACUCCUGGUUAAGGGACGAAACGAAAAAUAACGCUAACUUUUUUACUUACCACACAAGACAACAGCAAUUUUGGGCCAAAUGUCAGGAUUGCAUUACAUCUCCCGUAGAAUUAUUAUCGAACAUGGUACUGGCACUAAACAUCGAAGAUCCUCGUAUUCAUAGGCCACAAAAGCGAUCAAAAGCUGUCUGUGAACCUAAACUGCAAGAUUUCGGAACUAAUGAUUUCAUUCUGGACAUACAACCUGAACUAAGUUCCUCAGCGUUAUGGAGUGAUCGGCUUAGAAAUCGUAUCGCUUCUGAAAUGUUAAGUACUCAUCAGUACUGUUCUCUGAGAGCACAACAUGUUAUUGUGCCAGGAAAAUCGUGCCAAUUCGAGGAAACUAUGCAGUCAGUACCCGUAAUAUUAAUACAACGACCCGGCUCACAAAAUACCAAUUACAAACGUCUAGGAUAUGGUUGCGGGUGGGAUAUUAUUGCACCGGCUGGUUAUGGCAUGCCGAUAUGGUUGUCCUUGAUUAUGUGGGGCGCCAAGGCAGGUGGUUUACGAGAAUUCAAUUCAAUAGCCAGAGAAAUGGGAACUGAAGAACAUUUACCAGAUACAGUGGCAGGCCUGCAUGCUGUCUCUGAUCGUUACAACGAACUAUUUACAAAAUACUUUCGUUUGCCUCCCAAUAAACGUUGCAAUUAUCGUAAGUUCGCUAUCGUAUCGCCAUUCCGUGUACCCUUUCAACAACUAGUACGAGAUUGGUGUCCCUCAAACUUAUUAAAUAAUAAAGAUACCAAUGAUUUCUUCGUUUUAAGAGAACGUCAAAAGCUGCAAGAUUUGGCUGAGUGUGUAAAAAAAUGUAGUCUCUAUAAAUUUCCUUCCUCCCUGGCAGUACAGUGUAUAGUUCAAGUUAAAGUUGUCAUGAAGUCAAGAGGAAAUCCAAAAGAUUUUUCUCUCAUGUGUUUGCCAACUAAAAAAGAUUUGAAAAGAAAUCUAAAACAAAUAAAAAUAAACAAUCGUGAGCCAGUGUAUGUGGAACCACUGCUUGCCGAUCCUAAUGAAAAGGAAAGACAUCAGUUACGUAUACAGCAUAAAAAGCUAUUGAAACGUUUACGUGCGAAAAGAGUUAGAGAGAAGCGAAAAGAACAGGAAACAAGUUCUACUAAGGUGUAUAUAAGAGCAGCUGGCACUUCGGCCUUGUGUUUGGAGCAUUAUAAGAAAAUGUGCAAUUUAUGGCUGCCACAAGAUAUCUCAACCUUGUUUAGUAUACGCAAACAAGGUACACGUGAAUGUUUUGGUUAUAGUUCCUCGUCAAAUUUUUGCUUAACUGAAGGUACGGUGGGUGCCACUGCGUAUGUUACGAUUGAAGGUUUAAAACAAUUACUAAAGAUAUGCCAGCAGUGCCGUUUAAAACAGCCUGUGUGCUUAAUACGGUCGGCGAAUAGUCGUAAUUAUCGAUUUGCGAAGUUUCAAAUUAAUUUAGAAGUUUAAGAAUAAAUAAUGAAUGUAAAAA